UUCAUUUUCUUUGCUUUUUAGCUAAAAAAGUUAUAAAGGAACAGAGAGAAUCUCCAGAUAUUGUACAACUAGUUUCCAUUUUCCUUUUCCGAUUCCUUCUAUUUAUAUAAAUAAAUAUAUUCCUUUAACAAUAUGGCAGAAGCAACUCCAGUAACUCAAGAACCAGCUGUUGAUAAUUCUCCAGCUGCCAUGGCUACCAAAGCUGAUGAUUCUAAAGCUCUCGCUACUGUUCCUCCACCAAAGACCGAUUCUUCAACAAAGAAGAGUUCAAAGGGAUCCCUCGACAGAGACAUUGCUCUCGCGCACCUUGAAACAGAGAAAAGGAAUUCUUAUAUCAAGGCAUGGGAAGAAAGUGAAAAAAGCAAGGUGGAAAACAAGGCCGAAAAGAAGCUCUCUGCAGUUGGGACAUGGGAGAACACCAAGAAAGCAAAUCUUGAAGCUAAACUGAAGAAACUUGAGGAACAUCUAGAGGAAAAGAAAGCAGAAUAUGCAGAGAAGAUCAAAAAUAGAGUAGCCGCAGUUCACAAGGAGGCUGACGAAAAGAGAGCUAUGGUUGAAGCCAGAAAGGGAGAAGAACUACUUAAAGCAGAUGAGAUGGCUGCCAAGUAUCGUGCAACGGGACAAGCCCCUAAGAAGUUGCUUGGAUGCCUUGGAUGUUAAAGCUGUGAAAUGUUUCUUUCUCCUUUGUAAAUUUUCAUGCUUGUUGCUCUUUAUUGGGUGUUUCAAACAUGUCAAGUUUCCUAUUUGUGUAUGAAAAGCACUCAUGGAAGUUUUAAGUGUCAUGAUAAUGAUAAUUCCACUUCAGAUGUUUCUAUUAA